CAAAAAAAGAAUGAAUUUCCUAAUAUCCUUUUUGGUAGCUUAUUCUAAGUCAAAAUGCGAAACAGAAAGAGAUCAUGCACUCAGCCUCACCAACUCCGGUAUGGUUGGUGUUUUUGUACCAAGAUGUAAAGACGACGGCUCUUACGAAAAGAAACAAUGCCAUGGAUCUACUGGAUAUUGUUGGUGUGUCGAUGAUCUAUGUGGCGAAGAAAUCCCUGGGACUAGAAAAGGACAUGGUCAAGAUGUGGAUUGUUCAGCCAAGUCUAAGUCAAAAUGCAAAACAGAAAAAGCUCAUGCACUCAGCCUCAUCAGCUCCGGUAUGCUUGGUGUUUUUGUACCAGGAUGUAAAAACGAUGGCUCUUACGAAAAGAAACAAUGCCAUGAAUCUACUCGGUAUUGUUGGUGUGUCUAUGAACAAUGUGGCGAAGAAAUCCCUGGGAGUAGAAAGAGACGUGAUCAAGGAGACGUGGAUUGCUCAGCUUAUUCUAAGUCAAAAUGCGAAACAGAAAGAGAUCAUGCACUCAGCCUCACCAACUCCGGUAUGGUUGGUGUUUUUGUACCAAGAUGUAAAGACGACGGCUCUUACAAAAAGAAACAAUGCCAUGGAUCUACUGGAUAUUGUUGGUGUGACGAUGAACUAUGUGGCGAAGAAAUCUCUGGGACUAGAAAAGGACCUGGUCAAGAUGUGGAUUGUUCAGGAAACGCACGAAGUUGAAGGAGAAGUUCAUGCAAUAGAAGCGGUGAGAUUGCUCGGAAACAAGUACAAUGAAAAAAGUCCUGCUUGGUGUCAAGAUUCGUGUGUUGCUGACAGAGGAAUCCAAAGCUUCCGCUGAAAUUA